AUGCGGCGCUCGCCUCUCUUCCUCUUCCACUGCCACGCGCGCCUCCACCGCUCCAGCGCCCCGCGACCGACGCGCCACGCCACCGCUUCCGUUGCUUCCGCUGCCACGCGCGCCACCGCUCCAGCGCCCCGCCACCGACGCGCCACCAUGCCGCCGCGCCGCCGAGGAGCGUCGGGCUACCUUGGCGUCCGCCAGCGCCCCAACGGCGGGUUCUACUCCGAGAUACGGUCCGGCCAACUCCGGCUCGGCCUCGGCACCUUCGAGACGGCGCACGAGGCCGCCCGCGCGUACGACGUGGCGGCGUGGCGCCUAGGCAGGCCGCGCCCGCAGAUGAACUUCGACGACGUCCACACGCUCCAGCAGGCGCUGGACGUCGCCCCGCCGCCUCGUCUUCGCACGGCACAAGACCGUGCGGAGCACGCUGAGCGGCAGCGCCGCCUCCUCGUCGCCCAUGAGGACGAGCGGACCAUGGUGGAGUGGCGCCGGCGCCACCCGGAGGACGUCACCUACGAGCAAGCCUACUGUUGGGGAACGUAG